GACGGGGGAGGAGACUCCGCACGCGGGGUGGUGCAAUGUGGCGCGCCGCAAAAUCCUCCAGCACUCGCGGGGGCGCAUGAAGGCGGAGGACGGACGCGGCGCGUUGACCCGAACGUUUUUGAGAGAGUCUGACUACCUCCCAGAGCGACCAUGAGGGCCCUCCUCUUCAUAUGCAUGCCAGUUGUGCUGCUCGCCCAAGCUCAGUACGAAGAAUCGAUUCCUUUUCUCGAUGACUACGGCGUUGAUUAUUUACCAGGAAAUUCCAAUUCUGAGAAUGAGGAUUCUGUUCCCCAGACGUACCAGCAGCAGGUCCGAAUCGAUCCCGUCAUUCGUCCAGAAAAAACUGCGACGGAUUUGGAGACGGAGCCCACGGAACCCGGCCCUCUCGGUAACGACAAAUCGCGAUGUCCGCUUUUGCCCCCCACGCCGGGUAGAGAAUUUUCUUUUUUUGCCAGCUUUGCGCGUGUUUCACUUCCAGAUUGCAGAGAGGAGCAGUACCCGUGCACUCGGCUCUACUCGGUGCACAAACCGUGCAAGCAGUGCCUGAACAGCCUCUGCUUCUACAGUCUGAGGCGGGUGUACGUCAUCAACAAGGAGGUGUGCGUGAGGACUGUCUGCGCACAUGAAGAACUGCUUAGAGCCGACCUGUGCCGGGACCAGUUCUCCCGCUGCGGCGUGGCGGCGGUGAGCGGCCACUGCGGAUCCCUGGGGGGAAGCUGCGGGAAGAGCUGCGGUGGUGGCUGCUGAUGGAGAACCCCAACCCCCCCACCCCGCCACCCCUGAACCACAACCGCCAUCUACAAAUCUUGUUCUUCUUCACUGAUGUGUACUAUAAUGCAGUGUUUCCCAACCUUUAUUUAGCCAAGGCACAUAUAUCGUAUAAGAAUAACCUCGCAACAGAUCACAAAUGGUAUACAAAAUGGAGUCCCUAUUUUUUUUUUUUUUUUGGUUGUUUGUUUUCCUGGGGACCUCGCAGCUGUUUAUGUGCCCAGUGCUAUUGCUUUGUCACCAUUUGGUGACAUCUUGGUGCCAAGAAAAUGUGUGAGUUGAGGAGCUUCAUUCACACAAGUCAUCUUUUGGCACCAUCGUCUCACAGUUAUAGGUAAUCACGCUGGACUCGAACCCCUUUUUUUUAGGGUGAAGCAUCAAUUCCAGUGGUGCCCUGAGAUCCAAUUUUAACUCGUUCCAUGACCACACAAAUCAUCUUGACCCAUUGAAAGCAAUGGAAAUGCAAUUAAUCUGUUCCAUCCCCACAAAGAACUCCCAAAAUUAUCGUUCAACAUGUAUUUUCCUAAUAAAAACUAAUACUCAACAGUAUCCUGUAAUAGUUACAGUAAUAAUACAUUAAUAAUCCAGUAAUAAUAUAUACACUCCACAUAACCUACAAACAUGGAAAAUGUGUGUACAAUACACACUUGCUCUCCUUUUGUGGGUUCUAUUGCUGUUCGGUAAACCUAUUUAAUGCUGCUUUACCACCGUCACCAUCUGAUAAUGCCCCUUUACACCAAGGAAACCAAUGUGAAUUGAUGGCAGCUUGAUGUGAGAAUAUUUUAUAUAUACAUACACAGCCAAGUAAUGGCUCAUAUGCAGGGAAAGGAAUGUCAGUCAAGGCACUUGUAUCUCAAGGUAUCACUGUGGAAAAAUAAAUGCAUAACUGACAUUAUAUAAUGACCCCACCGCCCCAAAUUUUUUUUUUAAAUAAAAAAAAAAAAAAAAUGCAAAAAAAAAGUGGGGAAUUUGGGAAGCAUACAGAAAAUAAGCAGGUGUGGAAAACAUAAGGAGAUUGAUGCUAAAUUGCAAACGUGCAGGGGUCCAACUUGGUUAUUAUUUACUGCUGGCAUGGCUCAGUCCUUACCGUAUGUUGAAAAAUAUUUACUCACCAAUGUACUUGUGUGCCUGUUUAGUAGAGCACCAAGCUGAUAUUCUGUUGUACAAAUAGCAUCAAGUGGAUAGAUAAGUUAAUUAUAUCUUCAGCUGAAGAGCAAUUAAUUGUUCAGCCUGUCAAUAUACGUCAUUAGCAUAGAUAGACCGACACACGUUUUUUUGUAGGAAAUCCUCCUCAGUCCAAUAACCACCCGUGUAGUACUGGUUGGGAAUCACUGCUCGAACGUCAACUCUUAUAAUCCCCCCCCCCCCCACCCGUGUAUCGAUCAGCGUACUCCAAAGAAGCUCGAUGAUUGUACAAAUCACUGGUGCUAUAAACUCAACACACUGGUGCCGUAUUAAGAGAUGCGGAGGCCUCUCGCUUUUGUUUUGCAUACUGUACCGUAUUCAUCGCAUGCGUUGUAUUUUGUCGUUUUCUUAUACUGUACUUAAAUAAGUAGAACCCCCCCCCAAAAAAAAAAAGUCAUUCAGUCGCUGACAUCAGCCAAGAAGAUGACCUCAGCUUUGAGAGGGCUAUCACAAUUAAAAGAUAUUAAAAGAUGAUCGUUUUUCCCGA